UGUUGAGGGCCUAAUCUGGACACCUUCGAUAUCUAUGAAGAAGUCAUGCUGGGAGGAGCUCUGUGAUUUAGGGCCAACCAGCAGGAUUUCGGUUUUGUCUGCAUUUAGUUGUAGAAAGUUAUCUGACAUCCAGGUUUUAAGUUCUUGAAGACAGAAAACAAUAGAAGGGGGUGGGCAAACUGAGCUUGGUUGAACUGUAAAAUAGAUUUGAAUAUCAUCAGCGUAACUAUGAAAAUUGAGACCAUGACGUCUGAUGAUCUGACCCAAUGGCAACACAUAAAUGAGAAAUAAAAGAGGACCAAGUACGGAACCUUGGGGUACACCACGGGAAAUAGUGACAGUGCAAGAUCGAUUCUUAUCUAUCCUAACAAAUUGCUGUCUAUCCGAUAGAUAAGAUGUUAGCCACUGAAGAACAACACCAUUGAUACCUAUAGCAGAUAGUCGAGAAAGAAGUACAGAGUGGCAAACAGUAUCAAAAGCUGCACUCAGAUCAAGGAGAACCAGGAUACUGCGGGCACCUGAAUCAGAAACCUUAAGGAGAUCAUUAACCACUUUUAAAAGUGCUGUUUCUGUACUGUGAGAGGGACGGAAACCAGAUUGAAACUGCUCAUAAAGAUUGUGUUUCUCUAAAUGAGACUGCAGUUGUGCUGCAACUACCUUCUCAAGUAUUUUAGCAACAAAAGGGAGGUUUGAAAUUGGUCUAUAAUUGUUCAGAUCUGUAUUGUCAAGUCCAGGUUUCUUAAGGAUUGGGGUAAUGGCAGCUACUUUUAGGUCUUGUGGAACAUAACCAGUGGCAAGGGAUAUAUUUAUUAUAUGAGAAAUAGGCUGGAUGAGUGAAGGCAAAACGGUUUUGAGUAAGUAUGUUGGAAUAGGAUCAAGUGUGCAGGAGGCAGAGUUCGAUUUGAUAACCAGCUGUUCAACCGCAGAUAUAUUUGUGGGUAAGAAAGUGUUAAGUGGGUGACCUAUCAGACAUGGAGAAAGCUGGGGAGAGACAGAUGGGGAAAAAUCUUGGUAAAUGUUAUCAAUUUUACGUAAGAAAAAAGACUGAAAGCUUUCACAGAGAUCUACAGAGCCAUUAAUAGCUGCAGAUGAUGGUUUAAUGAUCUGCUUGGAUGCUUCAGAGAUCAACACCAUGUCUGGCCUCGGCGAUUUCAUGACAACAGUUUUUGGGAACUUCAUUUGCCUCUCCAGGAUGAUUUUAAGAUCCCAAUCCUGUGCAGAUGUUAGCAAGCCAGAGGAGGAGGUCCUGGCAGCUGUUGUUACCUUGUCACCGGCCUUAACAAAAGUGAUGGUGAACUUGGCUGGGAUAUUAUACUGUGCCAGUGCCAUUUCUACCAGCUUGUGUAGUAUGGAUCCAUGAGCAUUUGCAAGAUUGAGCCACAGUACCACCAAACCCCCCUUGCCUUCCUGGGCCUUCUAAUCAGCUGGGUGACCAUGCUGUGUGAUCUAUACACCCUGGCACCUUCGGGAUUUCUCCUUUCCGGACAGAAGUGUGAUGUAUGAAUUCAUCAGGAGAUAGUCUGUUAAGCGCCUGGCAACAAUGCUGAAGACUAUCUUUCCUUUAACACUGAGCAGUGAGAUUGUUCUAAAUUGAUCAAUGUUCUUUGAUUCUUCGUCCUUCGGAAUCCAUACCCCCUCUGCAUACAGUGCCUCCACUGGUGGGCUACCUUACCCCUCCUCCAGAUCACUUUCAGGAUCCUCAUCCAUAGCCUGUGGAGUAACUCUGGGCAGUUCUUAUAGAACCUGUAAGGAACCGCGCUCGGUCCGGGGCUGAGGUUGUUCUUGCUUUCUUUAUCACCUCCUCAACCUUCUCCCAGCUGGGCUCCCUGCUAUCAAAUUCCAUAGUUGGCUCUGGUGGAUUGACCAAGUUCCAUAUCCCUGUCUUCAUACCUUAGGGUAUCUCUAAGGUGGUGAUCGAUCUCAGUUUUGGGGCAGGUAAGCUGGCCACACCGCUUCUGCCCAAGUAGCUGUUUAGUAAAUCCAAAUCCAAACCAGCUCUGUAAGGGGACCCUUCUCUUCCUCUGUUGCUACCUUGAACCUCUGCCUCAGGCUCUUUAGCUCCUCCUUUUGGUGCUGGUGGAUCUUAUUUGCUCUGUUGUUCCUGGUGUAAGGGCGUUUUACUGCUCACUUCUCCUCCAGCCCAAAUCUCUCAGCCCCUAAGCUGAUGAUGAUAGUGGUCAUUGUCUGGAGGUAUUGUUCAGCUUCACCCUAGGCAGUUGCUUCGAAGAUGGCAUCAACAUCUUCAUCAAACUGGAGCCACUCCUUCUCCUUAUACUGUAUGUCUGGGAUCACUUAACCCGUUGAUUUUCUGAUGCUCUGCAUGGGUCUGGGGCCUGAGUCACCUGAAGUUUCUGAGUACUGAGGGGUGACUCUGGGCUUUGCUCCUCCUGGAUCUCACCAAGAGUAGUUCCUGAGCAGUUCAACUCUUGCACCAUCUGCAUGCAUUUCAUCUUGGCCCGGUGGAUCUUCAGGCCACGCAGGAUGCAUAAACAGAAAUCAGAGUCAUCUAGAUCCAGUUGGAUUCGCAGAAAAUCUGCGGAACCCAGUUGUGUGUCUAUGAAGAGUGUAGAAUCAAUGGAUCAUCCAGUUAAAUUCAGUUUAGGAGAUUUUCCUGCUGAACUGAGAGAGUCUUCUGAAACCAUCAAUGCGUCUAAUAUGGCUGAAGAAUCAAUGAAUCAACCAGAGAUAAUCAGCUCAAGAGAUUCUCCUGCUAAACUGAGUACAAAAGUGGAAGAAGCAAAGUCAUCUGUUGAGAUGAAGCAGCUGAAUUCUAUUUUUAAGGACCUUGAGAACAAAAUGAUCUCAUUGAUUAAAAAUGAACUGAAGAAGUUCAAAAUGCUCUUGAGCUCCAGUUACCCACAAUGCUCCAAGAGAGAGGAGGAUGAUGAGGGUCAAAGCAAAGUAAAGGAGGGUGUUCUGAAGAUCACGCUGCACAUCCUGAGAGAGACGAACCAGAUGAACCUCGCCAACACACUGCUGACCAAACUGAUUUCUGUGCACCAGCAAAAACUAAAAUCCAGACUAAAGGAGAAAUUUAAGAGUGUUUCAGAAGGUAUAUCAACUCAAGGAAGCUCAGCACUUGUAAAUGAGAUCUACACAGAGCUUUACAUCACAGAGGGAGGGAGUGAAGACAUCAAUAAUGAACAUGAGGUGAGACAGAUUGAAAUGACAUCCUGGAGACCAGAGGCACAGGACUCACCAAUCAAAUGCAAUGACAUCUUUACAGCUGGACAAAACAAACGCAUCAGAAGUGUGCUGACUAAAGGAGUCGCUGGAAUUGGAAAAACAGUCUCAGUGCAGAAGUUCAUUCUGGACUGGGCUGAAGGAAAAGCAAAUCAGGAUCUUAACUUUAUAUUUCCACUUCCUUUCAGAGAGCUGAACUUAAUAAAGGAGACAAAUCUCAGGUUAAAUGAGCUUCUUGGUUAUUUUUUUACAGAAAUGAAAGAGAUAAACCUAGGAGAUUUUACAGACUACAAAGUCAUGUUUAUAUUUGAUGGUCUGGAUGAGUGUCAACUACAUCUAGAUUUUCAAAACCAUCAAAACUUUUCUGAUGUAAGUGAAUCAGCCUCAGUGGAUGUGCUGCUGACCAACCUCAUCAAGGGGAAUCUGCUUCCAUCCGCUCUCAUCUGGAUCACCUCCAGACCAGCAGCAGCCAAUCAGAUUCCUCCUGAGUGUGUUGAUCUGAUCACAGAUGUACGAGGAUUCAAUGACCCUCAGAAGGACGAGUAUUUCAGGAAGAGAAUAAAUGAUCAGACUCUGGCCAACAGAAUCAUCAGACACAUCAAAUUAUCAAGAAGUCUGUACAUCAUGUGUCACAUCCCAGUCUUCUGCUGGAUAUCAGCCACUGUUCUCCAGAGAAUGUUGAGUGAAGAACAGAGUGAAGCUAAGAUUCCCAAGACUCUUACUCAAAUGUUCACACACUUCCUGAUAUUUCAGAUCAAACUGAAGAGACAGAAAUAUGAUGGGGAAAAUGAAGAUGAUCUUUAUCAGGCUAGAAAGAGUAUUCUGUCACUGGGAAAACUGGCUUUUCAACAGUUGGAGAAAGGAAACUUGAUCUUCUAUGAGGGGGACCUCAGAGAGUCUGGCAUUGAUGUAAAAGAGGCAUCACUGCACUCUGGAGUUUGUACCCAGAUCUUCAGAGAGGAGUUUGGAUUUUACCUGGGGAAGGUGUUCAGCUUUGUUCAUCUGAGUGUCCAGGAGUUUUUUGCAGCUUUAUACAAAUUCUUUUGCAUUUUUGAGGAUGAAGGACAACAAUCUGAUGAUUCUUUUACAGAAUCUCUGAAGAUUGAAGUGGACAAGGCCUUGCAGAGUAAGAAUGGACACUGGGACCUUUACCUUCGCUUUCUUCUGGGUCUCUCCCUGGAGUCCAACCAGAUUCACCUGCAAGGUCUCCUGAAAAACACAGGAGGCAGAUCUUACAAAAUAAAGAAGGUAGUCAAGUACAUUAAAGACAAGAUCAAGAAGAAUCUGUCUACAGAGAAAUCUAUCAAUCUAUUCUACUGUCUGAAUGAACUGAAUGAUAAUUCUCUAGUGAAGGACAUCCAGUCAUUACUGAGCAGCACAGCAGAUUUCAGUGGGCUCUCUGGAAUCAAACUCUCUUCCUCUCAGUGGUCGGCUCUGGUGUUUGUGUUGCUGAGCUCAGAACAGGAGCUAGAUGAAUUUCAACUGAGUAAAUAUGAGCCAUCAGAAGAGUGUCUUUUGAGACUGAUGCCAGUCGUCAAAGCAUCUAGAAAAGCAGACCUCAGUGGCUGUAAUCUCACAGAGAAAAGCUGUUCAGCGCUGGUCUCAGUUCUCAGCUCAAACUUCUCAUUUCUGAGAGAACUGAACCUGAGUAACAAUAAGCUGCAGGAUUCAGCAGUGAAGCUGCUCUCUGCUGGACUGAAGAAUCCACACUGUACAUUGGAGACUUUACAGCUGGAAAUGUGCAGUAUUUUUGAUGAAGGUUGUGCUGCUCUAGCUUCAUCUUUGAGAUCAAACCCCACACACCUGAGAGAACUCAAUCUGAACUAUAAUUAUCCAGGAGAUUUGGGUGUAGAGAUGCUCUCAGAACUACUGAAGGAUCCACACUGUCACCUGAGGAAACUAGAGCUGAAUCAGUGCAUUGUUGGAGAGAAUGGUUGUGCUCUUUUGGCUUUAGCUUUGAAGUCAAACCUAUCACACCUGAGAGAACUCAAUUUGAGUCGUAAUGAACCAGGGGAAUCAGGAGUCAAACAGCUCUCUGAUCUACUGAAGGAUCCACACUGCAGACUACAGAAACUACAGUUGGCGCACUGCAGUAUUUCAGAUAAAGGUUUUGCUGAUCUGACUUCAGCUCUAAGAUCAAACCCUUCACACAUGAGAGAACUGAAUCUCAGUGAUAAUGAAUCAGGAGAUUUAGGACUGAAGUCGCUCUGUGAUCUUCUGCAGGAUCCAAACAGUAAACUGGAAAAACUACAGUUGGAAAACAGUGGUUUGAGUGAAGACAUUUCUACUGUUUUGGCUUUAGCUUUGACAUCAAACCUCACAAACCUAAGGGAAUUGAAUCUGAGAAGAAAUAAACCAGGAGAAAAAGGAAUGAAGCAGCUCUCAAAUCUACUGAAGGACCCACAAUGUAAACUGGAAAAACUGCAACUAGCAAAGUGCAAUAUUACAUUUAAACAAUUUGCUGUACUGGCCACAGCACUGAUAUCAAACCCCUCACACCUGAGAGAACUCAAUCUGAACUAUAAUCAACUAGAAGAUUCAGGAGUGAAGCUGCUCUCUGAUCUACUGAAGGAUCCACUCUGUAAACUGAGGAAACUAGAGCUGGAAAACUGCACUAUUUCAGAUAAAGGUUGUACUGCUCUGGCUUCAGCUCUACAAUUAAAUCCCUCACACCUGAGAGAACUCAAUCUAAACUUUAAUGCACUAGGUCCAAGAGCUUCAGGAUUGAAGUUGCUUUCUGGGCUACUAAAGGAUUCACACUGUAAAUUAGAAAAACUACAACUGUCUGACUGCGGUAUUUCAGAUAAAGGUUGUGCUGCUCUGGCUUCAGCUCUGAAGUCAAACCCCUCACACCUGAGAGAACUCAAUCUGAAAUAUAAUAAUUCAGGAGAUUCAGGAGUGAAGCUGCUCUCUGAUCUACUGAAGGAUCCACACUGUAGACUAGAGAAAGUAUAUAUUGGAGCGGACCUGCUACAGUCACCUACAGAUUUAACUGGAAAGUCAAAGAAGUGUCUUCAGUCAUGAGCAGCAAAAGCUUUUUACUGCCUCUUACUGGACAAACAGAAGCCCUGAACCAGCAGAGCUUAACAUGAGUUGCACUAUACAGUUUAAUGUUUUUGUAUUUUUCAGUUAAUACAUGAAUAAUAAAAUGUUUCAUAGUCUGUAAAUUAUAUACAAUUUUAAUAUUUUCUUUACAUUAGUCUAUAAAGUACUAAUGUAAAUACAAGCCUUUGAAUGAAAUGUAUAUCCGAUUCCCGUAUAUUUCAUUUCAGGGGAGUAUUUGAUGUAUUCAAUGUAUUUAUCAUAAACCCAGUCAUCUUUCUACAUAGAAACUGGUUACAAUCUUUAGACAAUUAUUUGUAAUGUCAAAACUACUAAUAUACAGUACAUCCCAUGAAAUAAAAUGAUCUGCAAAACG